AAGAAGACAUUCAGUUCCUACAAAUUCUGAAUGAGAGAAUUCAUCAUAAUGACAAUGGUCAUCUGGAGAUGCCUCUGCCUUUUAGAGAGCGCCCCCAGCUGCCUAACAACAAACAUCUUGCCACAGUUAGGCUGAGACAUCUGAAAGGAAAGAUGGAUAAAAAUCCAAAAUACAAGAAGGACUAUGUUCAGUUCAUGGUCAAUGUUUUCAAAGACGGUGAUGCAGAGGAAGUACAUGCAACACCAAAAGACGGGAACACUUGGUACAUCCCACAUCACGGUGUGUACCACCCGCGAAAGCCAGAGAAGAUUAGAGUUGUCUUCGACUGCUCUGCCAAAUACGAAGGCACCUCGUUGAAUGACCACCUCCUCACGGGACCUGAUUUAACCAACACCUUAACUGGAGUGCUGUGUCGGUUCCGACAGUAUCCAAUUGCGAUCAACUGCGACGUGGAGAAAAUGUUCCACCGCUUUCCUGUCUUUGUUGCGAAUCGGAUCCAGAAGAUCAGAGACGCCACCGACCCCAAUCGAUGGUUUUACAUUGAAACAACUCAAAACCCGGCAGAUCAUGCAUCUAGAGGACUCAAGGUGGCAGAUCUAAUGGCAUCAGAUUGGCUAAGAGGACCCAAGUUUUUAUGGGAACAGGAAAUUGUGACUAACCCAAUGGCCCCAGAGCUUCUCAUAGGUGACCCGGAGGUCGAAGUCUUGAAAUCUGAUGUUACCUCAACGUUAUUGCUCGGAGGGUGAACGCUUAACGCAACCGUCAUUCCUUGAGCGUCCAGUGCAGAAAUUAGUGGUGUUAGUUGAACAUUAGUCAAAUUAACUCUGCAUGAACAUGAAAAUGAAAGAAUCAGUCACUUAAUAUAACAGGUGUUGAUGGAAAUUAUGUGUAAUGGUUAAGUUUGAAGUUAUUGGAAAAUUACAAGUUUAUUUCUUUGAAUAUGAUGAAAGUUAAUCUUUUGUAAUUUUGGUGGCAGUGUAGCGAACACACACAUAAACAUUAUUUUCUGUGUGAAUUGAUUUAUUUUACUUUAAUAUCCAUUUAUAUUUUGAUUAUUGUGUGCAUACUUUGGGGAUAAUUGGUUAAUUAAUAACUCCAUCAGACCACGCCAUCACGUGGUCACGUGAUGCCUUUUGGUAGAGACGUGAGUUUUUUCAUGGUCUGUUGGUGCGUGCAAGCAGUAAUUGGAAGACAAAGAAGUGAAAUACAGAAGAAAUGGACUUCUAGCAACUCCUAACAUUCUGGUUGGAGGGGCAAACGUGUUCACGUUGGUCUUGGGCGUUUACAAGACAGAAAAUACUGUAAUAAAACGUUUACAACCAUCA